AUGCCUGUCUAUAAGAUUGACGACCGCCAACCCAAACAACCUCCCUGGGGAGAACUUCCAUUGGAAGUCUACUUCCUCUCCGAAUGGGAAAAACCUCACCCAGAUCCCUCACAAUCCUACGAAUCCCCCGCAGACCGUCGCAAACGGCUUGUUCGCCAAUUUCUCGCAUUGGGGUUCGAAGGCAGACAGCCUUACUGCCAGAAAUCGCCACCCAUUCCAACUGAAGGUCAAAUAGACGAGAUUCUUCGACCUAUACGCCCCGAGGCACUACGCGCCUACGCUGAUGACACCGGAUCUUUAUCGGGUCUUUGGCUUCGUCUCUGCUACACUGAUGAAGAGGCUCAUAAGACUCUAUGGGCCGAAAAUGAAGAUUCAGAAUGGGUGAACAGAUGA